AGCCGAGCGCAACAUGACAGCCCAGGCCGAGGAGAACAUGCGGAGGGUCUGCCAAGGGAGGCCUUCUCUAACUCUUCAUGGUCUGCCAAGAACAAGAUGCAUGCGACAGAACGGGCGCCCUAGGCGGGCCGCAACGCCCCUUCCAUGGCUUAUGAAAUAUCUCUCUAUUAUCUUUAACGCGUAAUAUGUUUAGUAUUAUAAUAGCUCUUAUAAAAGUAAUUAUAGU